AGUUUUCCCAGGCUAUAUAUCAGUGCAUUUCUUGCAUCAAAUUACAGAAGCAGAAGCUUUGCCUAAGACAAUGGAUCUGAAGAUGUUAUCUCUCCUUACAGCUGCUACAGUUAUUCUUGUUUGCAGUGCUGAUGCUGUGAGUGUCAGCACUAACUGUUGUACAGAAGUGUCCAAAGAUGCCCCAAAGAAGUUGCUGAGACAUGUGAAAGAAUAUCAGAUACAGAAACAAGAUGGCAUCUGUGAAAUAAAAGCUGUUGUGCUUCAUCACAAGACUAAGCUGUACUGUGUGGAUCUUGAGGGCAAAAAUGUUAAGAAAUGGCUAAAAAGGAAGCAAAGAGGUAGAAAGAACAAUGGUAGGAGCAAGAAAAAUAACAAAAAAAACAACAGUAAGAGCAAGAAAAAUAACAAAAGACGAGUUUAAGGAUUUGGUACUGCCAUAGCCACAAAUGCUAAAGGAGAAUGUACAACAACUUUAUAUUAUGCGUUUCACACCUGCAGGCCUAACAUCACACCAUCAGACAUCAUGGUUUGCCAGAAUCUUGUCAGAAUCUUAAUUCACAUGGUCUCACUACAGUGAGGAAGGCAACAUGGCACAGUUCAACCUUAAAACAAUUGUUUUAUUUACCACUUUCACGGUUUUAUCAAGUUUGAAUUACCAUUCAUUAAUGGUAAAAAUUAAUUCUCCCUGUUAAGUGCAAACAGAAUGUGAAGUGUGUAAUUAUUUUCAUUUUUUUGUAUUUACUUCAUUCAAUGACCGUGUAAGAUCAUGACAAGAAGUAAUUGUUUCUGGUUGGCUGUUGUACAGCAUAUUAUUGUAAAGGCAUUUGCCUGUGUAGACUGAACAUGUUCUUGUUUUAUAACUGAGUGUUUUUCUAUUUAAGCAUCUGUCAAGGACCCAAAUCUCUAUAGAUUGUUCAUUUACUACUUAUCAUUUAAAGGUGAUUUUUUUUUUUUUCAUUUCUGAUGUUCAACAGGGAAAAAGCAAUAUCAGCAUGAAAAUGCUCCCCAUUAAUUUGAUCUGCCUGGGUCAUGAUGUCCACAAAAUGUUAACACACUUAAUUAGUUGUCUCUGUUUGGGUCAUAAUGCCCACAGACUGUAAACAAGCUUAAUUAGUUUUGUCUGGCUGGCUCAAAAUGUCCACAGACUGUAAAGAACUCAAUUAGUUUUGCCUAUUGGAAUCAUGAAGUCAACAAAAUGAUAAUGAACAAAUUACAUAGCAAAUUUGAUCAAACCACUGUGUAAGUUAAACAAUAAUGCUUUUGAAAGUGCUUCUGUGAUGUAAGUAUAAAAGCCUGGAUUAGAAGUUUAUUUCAACACACAGUACUUGCUGACUGACUUAUGAUUGCAAUGGAGUUAUAUUAGCUUUGCUUACAUGUUAUAUUUCAAAUAAAGUUUGAAGGUAUUGCCAGUGUUCUAGAAUUUGCAGGCUGUACAGUGCAAGUCCCAAAAUUCUGAAAAAUCAAGCAAGAUUUUUACAGCUGCAACAGUAAGCUGCCAAACUAUUAUGCAUUUGAUGCAUUUAUUUGCAAUGGCAAGUCAUCCUGAUCCCGCCUCUUAAUAUGGGGGACUGUGCCCUCCUACUCCCACUGCUUAUAUAUACUAACUCUUAAGAUCACUGUACUUCAGAGAAGGGGGAAUUCCCUGAGAUACAGCAUGUCUGGACUUAAUUUAUAUUUCCCCCAGCUGUACUUAAUUUUGUGCUAUUCUGGGUCUUGCAAUAUUGGGUCUCAAACCCACAACAGGAACCCUCCUGGGAUCUGUUGGACUAUCCUUUCAGUUUAUAACAGGAGCAGCAAAACUGCUGUGGUGCAUUCUGCGUUAUAUAUUUUUUGAAGAAAGCAAACCAAAUUAUUUAUUGUUGUGAGGGAUGAAGCCCUCAUUGUGGUACAUUCCAUGUUCAACUAGUAAAUGUUGCAUAUAAAGUUUUGGAGAAGAAGAUUUUUAUACUAGCACAUGAUACCAUGCACAGCAUGGGAGAGGUCAACUAGUAAAUGUUACACACAAAGUUUAGGAGAAGAAGAUUUUUAUACUAGCACAUGGUAGACUCACAGCAUGGGAGAGGUCAACUAAUAAAUUUUACAUACAAAGUUUAGGAGAAGAAUAUUUUUCUACUAGCACAUGAUAGACUCACAGCAUGGGAGAAGUCAACUAGUAAAUGUUGCACACAAAGUUUAAGAGAAGAUUUUUAUACUAGCGCAUGGUAUACUCACAGCAUGGGAGAAGGCAGUCCAGUAGACUGCUGGAACAUUUAAAAUCUGGCAUAAAUGAAUGCAGAGGUGAAUACCACCAAGGAAGGUAGCUACAGCUGCAUAACUAGAAAAGGACCCAGAGCACUGUAGUUUCAAUGCUGUAAUGCACAGCAUAUGUUACACAAAGAAUAGCACAAAUGUAAGCUUAAUGUUUAAAUACAACUCAUCAAAAACCUGCAAUGGUCUCACACAGACCAAGUGAGGAAAAGCUCAUGACACAGAAGUGAUACCUAUUGUUUAAAUAAUGAGUUAAGUCCAUAUUCAGGCUAAUGUAUUUAGACAUAAGUCAAAGACAGACAGAAAAGAGAUAGAAAUUGAAGGAUUGUGUAUGAGGGGGGUCUUUCCUGUUCAAACAGUGAGGUUAACAAGAUGCAUUCAUACCCCUCAACUGUCCAGAUUUUUGCAGAAUGACCAGAUUUUUGCCUCAUAUUUUUGGUCUGUUCCUCAUAGAAUUUGUGAUUUUCAGGCAAAUCACUGGGAUGACCCCAGGGUUGAAGUCAGUAAAUAAUGACGAACAUUUGACUUUCAGACUUCAAAUCCUUCAUACAAUGUAUGUUAAAGCAAACCCUGUCAGUCUAGCAACUAAGUUUGUACGAGUAGUAUUUAAAAUAUGUCCCUAUUUUUGGGCCUUUGUCCCACCAUUUUGUUAGGCUUUGUCCAGAUUUAUUGCACUAAGAGGUUGAGAGAUAUGGAUCCAUUUCAAGUGCAGAAAUAGCUAAUAACCAUAUAGUAAUAGUCAACUUAAGUUUAAGGUUAUUAAAAACAUAUUUUGAAGGUACUAAAUUUCCUCGAACAGCAAAGUGUACAUUGAAUUGUAAUCACUUUAUAAAUAGGGGAAAGUCUGUCAUCUAGGAAGUUGAAAUGAAGUGUGGUACAAGUGUCUAUCAUGACUCAAUGAAGAACCAAAAAAAGCCAGUAUGCAGGGAAAAAACUAUUAAUAGAAUACAGGAAAUACAGCCCUAGGUGUGUUACUAAUGGGUUCUUAAAACCUUUACCUCUUACAUGUUUAAUCAGUCUCAAUUAUCUCAAAAUACUACCAUGCACUGUAAUCAUUGUAUAAAUACAAAUAUAACAUAUUUCAAAAUAAUGCAAAGUUAACAGUCAUAGUUGUCAAGAUCUUUAUGUGUUUGUUAAUGUGGUAUGUUAAAUCUUGCAAAGAUGCUGGUCUAUAAAGUGCAUGUAAUGUACCCCUGACAAGCAAUAACAGGCUGGUAAAUAUUAUUACUCAAGUGGGUAUACAACAUCAGAUUUCAUUACUGGAAUGUUUGGAAAUUUAUAGAGUUUUCAUACUGAUAAUGCAAUAGAACAUUUUUAUACAGGUACUGAAGAAAGGCUAUGCAAAAUUAUUCAGAAAUAUGUACAAAAUGGCCAAUAAAUGUGUCAUUUUGACCAAACAAUGUGUGUUAUUGUAAAAUAACAAAAGCAAAACUGACUUGUGGAAUACAAGGAAUAAGCAUAAGUCAUUAUGUACCUUGUGCUAAAUUAUGUGCUCUUAAAGUGUUACUAAGUGCCUUUAAGCUUAUAUAUAUGAAGAAUAGUCUAGAGUUUUAUAUAUGUUUGUAUACUUCUGAAUGGUAAAUUUCAAAACUGUUUAGAGCUUUAUAUAUGUUUGUAUACUUCUGAAUGGUAAAUUUCAAAACUGCUGUAAACAGAUCUGAGAUAUUCCAAGAAAUUAUAUGUGCUUUCAACAGAGGGAGAAAUGCAUUGCAACCUUUGUAACAAGGAGUAAUUUUGCUGCUUUGCAUAUUGCAAAAUCUUGUAAUUCGUAUGAAUAAAAUAGUCCAUAAACAUAAGCUUGUAAACUAAAGAUUUCAAUCAUACUGAAUUUAUUCUGUAGUUUUAUUUAAGUAUGUCUACUUUAUAGUUUAUCAAGAAAAGGAAAUAGCUGAGUUUCAUAAAAGUCUUGUACGGCAUGGGGCAGAACUGUACUAAGCUUUAUAGUUGCACUGUGCGCACCUACUACAAUCUGAAUAUUUUAACAGCUCAGCCUGCUCUAAUUUAUGAAGAUUUAUGAAGUACUAUGGUCUAACAGUACACCUGGUGUAUUACAAUAACCACCAAAUCUUAACGUCAGACAUCAAGGCUAUCCAUGUAUGAAUCAUAAAACCAUAUGCUUAUGGAGUUGAUUUGCAUGCUCUUGGGUUUUAAUGGUGUCACAUAGCCUGCAUGUCAUGGUGCAGACACAAUAGUAUGUUAAUAGUGACAAAGUGGUAAAAGCCAUAACUUAAAAA